AUGAAAAAGGUCGCCGUUGUGGCCGUGCUGGCCAUGAGCCAGACCGGCGUCGCAGCGCGCAAGUUUUGGACUUUCAAACCGGCUGAUCCGGGCAAUGUCCUGAUGACGGCAUACACCAUCGGCAACGGAAGACAAGGAGAUGAAUCUGCUCUGUAUGGCGGAACAGAAGACUACGGCUCCUACGAAGCCCUCGCGAACCUCACCGUCUCCAUUGCGGGCGUCAGCCACUACCCCAAGUACAAGAGGACGCUGGACUUGCAAACGGCAUUGCACAGCGCCGACUUUACCGCCAAUGGAGCUUCUUUCUCUACUGUCCAGUUCUGCUCCUUUCCGGACCAAGUCUGCGUCUACCACGUCUCCUCCAACAAGCCCCUCCCUCAGAUCACAGUCGGCCUCGUCGACAACUACCGCACCAAUCCUCCCUCCGCCGUCACAUGUUCCACCGACGGCGUUCAUCUGAGCGGACGGACCGUGGCCGACGAGGGCGAGGGCCUCAUUGGCAUGAAGUUUGAUGCCCAGGCUCAUGUUCUGUCUUCCAGCGGCGUAAAGACUUCAUGCAACAACAAUAAACAAAUCGUUGUUCACGCGAACAAGGCAAAGUCGGUUACUGUUGUGGUGGCUUCGGGGACAGAGUAUGAUCCCAAGAAGGGCAAUGCUGCGCACAACUACUCCUUCAGGGGUGUUGAUCCGUAUCCUGGGGUCUUGAAGACGAUCAAGGCGGUUUCCAAGAAGAGCUACAACACCGUCUUGCAGAGACAUGUGAAGGAUCACGGCGAGUGGUUCAACAAGUUCACCCUGGACCUGCCUGAUCCCCAUCACUCGGCCAGUGUCGACACGACUGACCUGCUCACCAACUACAAGACGGACAAGGGCGAUCCCUUUGUCGAGAACUUGCUGAUCGACUAUGGAAAGUACAUGUUCAUCGCUUCGUCACGGCCUGGAUCGCUGCCCCCGAAUCUGCAGGGUUCGUGGGCUCCGGAUGGGAAUCCGGCGUGGAGCUCCGACUAUCACAUUGACGUGAAUGUGCAGAUGAAUCACUGGCACGUCGAAAAGAUGGGCUUGGGCGGCUUGACCGAUCCUCUGUGGGACUUUAUGACUUACACCUGGGUUCCUCGCGGGACAGAGUCGGCUCGUCUGUGGUACAACGUCAGCGGAUGGGUGGCCUUUACGAACCUCAACACCUUUGGCCACACUGGACAGAUGAAUGAUGCCACCUGGUCCAACGUUGCUCAUGACAUUGCCUGGAUGAUGGCUCACGUCUGGGACCGCUACGACUAUGGCCGCGACGAGAAGUGGUACGCCUCUGUCGGAUACCCCAUGAUGAAGGGCGUGGCCAGCUUCUGGGUGGACAUGCUGGUGCAGGACAGGUACUUCAACGACGGCACACUGGUUGCCAACCCUUGCAACUCUCCUGAGCAAGGCCCGACGGUCAUCUGGGAGCUGUUUGACCACAUCAUCAAGGACUGGGACGCCGCGGGCGACAAGGACACGACCUUUUUGAAGCGAGUCAAGGCGUCGUACAGCAGACUGGAUCCCGGUGUCCACAUGGACAUUGACGUCAAGAACAACACGCACCGCCAUCUGUCUCACCUGUACGGCUUCUACCCCGGCUAUGUCAUCUCCAGCGCCCACGCGGACAACAAGACCGUCAUGGACGCCGUCGCCACAAGCCUCUACUCGCGCGGCAACGGCACCGAGGACUCCAACACGGGCUGGGAAAAGGUCUGGCGCGGCGCCUGCUGGGGCCAGCUGGGCGUCGUCGACGAGGCCUACAAGGAGCUCAAGUACACCAUCGACAUGAACUUUGCAGCCAACGGACUGUCCGUGUACACGACGGGCAGCUGGCCGUACGAGGUGACGCUGCCCUUCCAGAUCGACGCCAACUUUGGGCUGUCGGCGAAUGCGCUGGCGAUGCUGUACACGGACCUGCCCAAGAGAUGGGGAGACGACAGCGUCCAGAAGGUGAUUCUCGGGCCGGCGAUUCCCAGGGAAUGGGCUGGUGGAAGCGUCAGGGGCGGGAGUCUGAGAGGAGGCGGAACGGUGGACUUUGGCUGGGACGACGAGGGCGUCGUGAAUCGGGCGGUGCUGCGCGGGCGGAGGCUGCCGAUUGUGGUGGUGAAUAAGCACGGCAAGGUGCUGGCAAGACGCUGA